AUGAACAAGUUCGAAAAGGACUUUAUGAUAUAUCCUGAGUAUACGGACACUGACGACGUGAAAGCCAUUCAAGGUUUCACCGAAGUUUUGAAGAAGACGCUAAGUUUGACAGUUGAUCAUGGUGAGCUGGAAAAACAGGGCUGCUUAACUGAUGCAGUCAAGGGAGCGCUGAACGACAGCGCAGUUUUCGCGGCACUAAUACCUUCGGAAUACGGCGGUCUCGGUCUGGGAUAUAAAGACCAAGUGAAGAUAUUUGAGGAUCUGAGUCUUGAUUGGAAUAUUUACGCAAAUGUAGUGGCCGUGAAUGCUCUGACAACUACGUUAUUAUUGUACGGAUCAGACAAGUUGAAGGAGAAAUAUUUUCCUCUCAUUAGCAGUGGGAAAUGCCGUCCUGUUGUCGCUUUUGUCGAUAAUUCAAGGUACGCUCUCUAUGAUCUGAAAGGUUGCAACUUCAUUGCGAAGAUUUCACGUAAUCUGGUGUGCAGUUUUAUGAGCAGAGUAUCUGUACCGCCUAUGAGGCACCGAGACAAUUCUUGUGAGGGUUACAGCGUGGCACCCACUCGUAUGGCGCAGUUCUAUUCCGAUUAUAGCUCAUCACGUGCUGAAGUGGUCGGUGGAUCGCGUACUCAGUCCUUGAUUAGGCUCGAAAACACGCGUUGUAUGGGGAUGCAUAAUGCUAAUUUAGCAGUUGUGUUUGCUACUUCGGUGCACCAUCAAUCCAAAGAGAAAUAUUAUUCCUGUUACUUAAUUGAUCGCUCUGAGCUCAAGGAUACCGACCAGUGGGAGUUCAAACGCGAUGAAACAACUGGAUUGAAAGCCUGUGAUAUUGGAUCAUUGACGAUUUCUGCUUCUCUGACUGAGGAACACCUAGUAGGUGAAAUCGGACAAGGAGUCGAGGUUAGGGAGGAAUUGGUUUCCAGUAACUGUUUACCUCUAGCUGCAGCUACUGUUGGAUAUAGUAAACGUCUUCUAAACGAUUUAGCAGCUUUCUGCAACAAAACUCCAAGUGCAAGAAAGGAGAAUGCUCUGUUGUCCGAUGAGCCUGGUUUACAGUAUAGCACCACCGAAUUUGCUCUUAAGGUCUACGUCCUCGAAUCUGCUUCCUAUUACCUCGCCGGACUCCUCGAUGAGCGAAUUCCAGUUGUGCUGGAUAUUGAGAAUGCUUUAAUUCAUAAAUUAACUCGUGACACUUUGCGGAGCAGUGUAUUUACAAGCGUGGAUCUGGCUGGCUUACGAGCGAUAGACCCUGCGUUCCAUUUCGAGAAAGAUAUUCGCGACGUGACUACAUUGUUGUCGUUGAGUCGUGAAGAAUCCACCGUUGAAAAUGUCGCGAUUGCUGCAUUGUCAUCGUGGGCUUCGGUUUCCCACAAAAGAAUCACAAAUGUUUUGAAACGAAUAUUUCGAAGUGAGAAGUUAGAAGAUGAACUGCACAAUCCGAAGUUAACGCACUUCAUAGCCGAACAUGCCCAUCCUUCUCUACAGAUGGCGUGCCAGGAUUUGGAAUUUUCUAUGUCUCGAGUAAACAACGUCAUAACCAAGAUGGUGGCCGAGAAAGGCAAAAAUGUUCAGCAUGAUUUCGCUACACUCGAUCGGCUGGUUACAGUUAUACAGAAUCACUUGGUGAUGGUUUCAGUCAUCUCAAGAGCCUCACGAUCUUAUUCUAUAGGUCUUAGAAAUAGCGAUGUUGAGAUUGCAUGGGCAACUUUCAUUUGCUCCAGGGCUUCUCGUGAGAACUGGUUUUUGAUGGAGGCUCUUAACGACUACUUUGGUCUCAUAAGACUAAAUCCAUCGUUGCUCAACGUAGGAAAGGCAAUAUUCGAUAUGGGAGGAUACCAAAUAGAAUC